CAACUUGCGACUAUUGCAUUGAAAUGCGAUGUAAACAACAACGCAUCUACCGCAAGCUUGUAGAGCGAUAGCAUGGUCCCAUGAUACAGUACCAAUGAAUCAUACAUAUGCAGAAAGAAGAACCAAAUAUCGUCAUUAUUGUCCUUGCUACGGUGGUUAUCACGACCAGCUAGGGGAAUGGACUGCCACUCCAACCGUCCCCCCAGGUUCAAGGACCAAGCAUUGUUUUGCCUCUUGAAUGAAUACAGCCGUGGGACGGGUACCCGAGGCAGUUUGGCUACCCGCUCAACGACAGCGGCAUGUAUCAACGAUGUUAACACAAUAACGGGGGUGGCAAGUGCGAAUCAUGGGGGGCGGUCGUGUCAGCUAGGCCCCAGUCCCCCGCUCUACUGCCUUUGUCAACCCAACCACCCAACUGCGGGGUCCUUGACUAGGGUGACCAGGGCGACUUGUCGUGGGCCAAUUGCUGCGAUAGAAUCAAAAUUGCGCGCGUAGAUGCAGCAACUGGUGUCGUGUAUCGCCGACGAAACCUCGACGCUGGCGUGCAGUACCCUACGUGCAACCCCGGUUGCACGUGGGUCGGUCCGGUGUGCUGGGGCAGCCCUCCUGGGCUGUGGCAUUGGGGUCGCCAGACUGAAGUGCGCCAAAGCCGUUAAAGACCAAGUCGUUCCGGAGGGGCAGCUCGUAUACUCCAAGACCAGGCGAACGCUCCAACUUGGUGCUGCUCAAGAAUGCAUGGGCAGUCCCUUGCCCCGCGCGUUGUCCCACGUUCAAACGCUGCACCUUCAUGUUUUUUUUGCGACACUGCGCCGAGAAGUCUCGACCAGGAUCCGUACAUGGCAUCGUUUUUCAACUGGAAAGGGUCGUGCGGGGUGGGGAGCACCGCGGAAUCGGUGAGCGGAACGUCCUUCGGCAUCCUCCAAGUGAUGCUAGUGUUAGGGCUAGUCACGAUCACAGAGGCGUCCUUGGUGCUGCUGGGCGUGGCUUCCAUUGCAUGUACAGUAUCGACCGGUACAUUGCAA